AUGACAUCGACCAUGGAACAACUUCUGCACGGGUACGACCGCCGGACUCGACCCAACGUCACAGGUGCUGCGGUCAGAAUCGGUGUCGUCAUAGACCUCAUUGGUAUUGACAACAUUUCCGAGCUCGAUAUGAAAUACACGGUAACCUAUGACAUCCGCCAGUCGUGGGUUGACGAAAGGCUAGACUUCCGCCGUCUUUACGACGGCAAGAAGAUGACUUUCCUCGGCGAAGACACCUUGAGGAUCUGGCGCCCGGACACUUUCAUCAAGAACGGACAAGGGUCACGGUUCCAUGACGUCACCAAGGACCAGCAGACAAUGCACGUGUUUCGGGACGGAAGAGUGCUUUAUAAGUUAAGGCUAACUACCAUCGCCUCGUGCUGGAUGAAGAUGCACCUGUUCCCGUUUGACACUCAGAACUGCACCCUUCUGUUUGAAACGUAUGGUUACACUACCUCAGACGUAGUUUACUACUGGUACAGGGGAAGGCAGUCCGUCCGAGGCUUCCAGAAAGUCAGACUUGCUGAUUUUAUGAUCGAAAACUUUGACUUCCUCGCAACUACAUCAACAUACAGCACUGGUGUGUAUNNNGGUUUGACAGUUUUCUUCGUGAUCCGGAGGAUCAUGGGUCACGUGGUGGCGGAGACGUAUCUCCCGACAGGCUUCAUCGUGGCUGUGUCCUGGCUGUCGUUCUGGUUCAGCCCGGAUGAGUCAAACGCCAGAGUCUUCCUGGGAAUCAUGACUGUAGUGACGAUAACAAAUAUCGUGGCGAAAGUCCAGAGCACGCUGCCCAGAGUGUCGUACAUCAAGGCCAUCGACGUGUACCUGGGUGUGUGCCUGGUGUACGUGUUCGGCGCCGUGGCGGAGUACGCGGCCGUCAAUCACAACUACUACACGCGCGCCCUCAUGCGGAGGAGACGGGAAAUGCAAGCUGCGAGGAAACGGAGGAACCGUGCAGGCGUCCACAGCUUCUCGGAGGAAUCCAGUGGAGGAAUGGAGGAGAAAUACUCUUCUAAUGAAGACAACACAGAAGGCUCAGAUGACGUCAUUGAUCUCACCCGAACAGGCAAAGCAAAAAGAUGGGCGAGAGGAAGAGAAGAUUGGGGCAGAGAAAUAAGCGGAGAAAGGAUAGAACGAAGGAAGAAACAAACAAACGUUCAAAACACGAAUCACGGUUGUGGGGUGGAAUUUUGCACUGAUACCGAAAUGUCUUUUGGAAUUGAGAAGUCGUCAGAUGGGAUAACUCGAAGAGCUCCGCACAGAUACAGCGUCGAGAUAGAGACGUUACGUACAAGAUCACGCAGAAGGCGUCAUCGGUCAUCCUAUCAUGGGUGCCCAGACGUCGGUAGUGACGUCAGUUACGUCAUGACGGAGAUUGGACAGAGGAUGAGCAAAGAUACAUCUGAUGUGUCUCUGCACCAACAGGGUAACUUAACACGUCAAGAAACCACCUUCUACUCGUGGCCCCAUCACAAGAGACAAUGGCAAAGACGACAAGAGAUCAACUGUUAG